UUCAAUCUAUUUUUAGAAUGUGACAGUCUGAAACUUCGUGAUUACGUUGACCAUGCUGUCUGAGGAUAACGUCUUAUCUCUUCGAAUUACUCUGUUUUAUCAAGGAAUUUAUCUUCAAGAUCUUAGUAUACGAAAGAGAACAGUUUUAGGGACUAGAAAACAUUUUAAUUUUAUUAGAGACUUAAAAUAAUAAUGCCUAAAGGAGGAAAGAAAAAAGGAGGGAAGAAGGUUGUGGCAUCACUACCUCCCAGUGAUGAAGAGUACGAUACAGGAGAUAACUGGAGUACUGCUAGUGUUCUGUCGGAGGAUAUCAGCAGUAUAUCUGAGGAUGGAGAGAAUGGAGCAGAUGAUACUACUGUAGUAGAAAAUUUUGAAGAUAAAUUGAAAGACUGCAUUGAAGGAAUAUCACAAAAAAGUGGUAAAGGCAGAAUAUCAUGCAUUGAAACCAUGGCAAAAUUACUUUCAAAGAAAUAUAUUUAUGAUUUUCUUAGUGACAGGAAAGUUACUGUUUCUGACGGUCUGUUGAGAUGUUUGAAGAAAGGAAACGGUGAUGAGCAAGCAGCCUCGGCUAAGUGUUUAAGUCUACUAUGUGUUCAGUUAGGGAAUGAAAUAGAAGAUGACUUUAAAGAAGUACACAGUUUGCUUUUGACAAUUCUGGCAGAUAAUACUGCUCCUGUUAAAGCCAGGUCUGAAUGUGCUGCAACCUUGGCUAUGAGCAAUUUUCUGUCCUGUACAGAUAUAUCUGUUGUUGAUAAUACGAUGCUAGCAUUAGAGAACAUAUUUAAAGGAUCUUACAGAAAGGGAGACAAAUCAGUUCCCAGUCACCCACAACAAAUUAGUAGGCUACAUGCCGUUGCCUUGUCAGCCUGGAGUUUGUUGAUAUCCAUAGCACCUACAUUCUCUGUCCAGAAGAAAAUUGAAAUGCAUUUAAGUCGGUUGUCAGAUUUAUUAGAAAGUGCUGAUGUGGAGUUGAGGAUAGUAGCAGGAGAGACUAUUGCCUUGUUGUAUGAGCUUGCUAGAGAGGAGGAUGAGGAUUAUGAAGGUGAAGAUAUUUGUACCCUCUGUGCAACUCUGAAGAAUUUAGCUACUGAUUCACACAAAUACAGAGCAAAGAAAGACAGGAAAAUGCAGCGUUCAAGUUUCAGAGAUGUGUUACGAGCUGUUGAGGAAGGUGAUGAACCAGAUCUAGCUAUAAAAUUUGGUAAAGAAUGUGUUAUGAUAGAUUCAUGGUCAAAGAGGGAGCAGUAUGACAGUUUAUGUCAGGCACUAACUUCAGGUGUCAAUCAUCAUUUACAGGAGAACCCUGUGAUACGAGAGAUAUUUGGCCUUGGACCUCCCAUUCCUGUUGGAAAUGUUCCUUCUCAGAAAGUAUCAAAAUGGGAAAGGACGCAUUAUAAUGCUGCAUUGUUUAAAGCCAGGACAAAAGCACGAUCAAAACACAGAGAUAAAAGAUCUGUUGUGAUGAAUGGUGGUGAUUGACGAAGGCAGAACGCUAGUACUCUUUAUGACUGGGAUUUGUGAUGCUGCUUCAUUAGUGUGAAUAGUUCCAUUGUUAAUUUAUAGGCCAUGAUAUAAUGGCAUGCUUCAUGACAAAGACGUGUGAUGCCUCUUCAUAGUGUGACUGAUUUCAUCAUCAAUAUUUAUAAAGGCAUUUGUUGUACAAUUUAUUUCAGGUGUAGUGUUCUACUUGUAUACAUGUAUAGUGCUGUUAUUUUUCUAUCUUAGAGAAAGGUCAAAUUUUAAACGUUGAAGUGCUGAAUAAUAUUUUUAAUUUGAGUUGAGUGUAGUAUUAUAAUAUUAUUGUUUUGUUGAAGACUCGGAUUUAAAUAUUUUUUAUUGAAGAACAAAUAUUUUUUCAAAUAAUUCAUAAUUAAUUACCUUUACAUGGUAUUCAGGCAAUAGAUAUGUUACUAUUUAAAAUUUUGCAACACCAUUUACAGGCUUUUUAAAAAAAUAAAUCCAAAUUUGAUCAGUAUAUUAGUUUUAAAUAAUAUUUCUUCAAAAAUUUACAAUGAACUUGAGAAGACCUCAGUUUUAGUAAAAGACUUAAUAUUUAGCUUUUCUAUGAAUUUGUUGUUUCUAAGACGCAGCAAAGAGUUAAUUAAAUAUGCCUUUAAAAGCUUAUUUGUAAGCACUCUGUUAUUUGCAAGGAUCAAAUCAAUCGGUCAAAGGUUAGCAAAUAUUUAAAUACAGUUUUGGUUUUUUCACUAGAUGGCCAAAUAUCUCGUCCUUAAUAUGCGUGUGAUAUUUGCCACUGGCCUUAAUAAAAAACUAUCAGUUAAUCAUUAAGAAAUGUUAGUCUUGUAGCAAAAUGAUAAAAACUGUUGACUUGAUUAAAAGACUUGGUACUAAGAUAUAGUGAAGUUUAAAAACAGUAAAGAUUAGAUUAUAGGCCAUUUUUCUGGUAUUUGGUAUUUGUAUAUACAGUACACAUACAGGGAUUCAGUAAUAAACCUCUUAGUUGAUAGAUUGUUGGUGACUUUGGGUGAUUCAUUUUGAAAGUUCUGUUGGUAUAUUCAAGGGGAGAAAAAAGAAACAAAGAUACUUCUCAAUCAAAUUUAGUCUAAAUCACCAUCAAGCAUCAAGCCAAGUUGUGAAUCACUAAAAACCACCAAUAGGGAAUUCUGCAAAUCACCAUGUGUGUGCUGUAUAGUUGAUCUUAAUCUCAUUUAAGGGGGUACUGAACACUUAGGCUAACAUAGAUGUUGCUCGUUUAAUUUUAAUAAAAUUUCGACAAAAUAUUUACUAUUGAGCUGUUAACAAAAAUAUAAAAAUUUCAAGAAAUUUGAACCACACAAUUUAUGGGAAUGAAUUCAUUGGAUAUUUAGCAGUUUGCCCAACACUAAUUUUGAUCAUUGAGAAGCUUGAAUUCUCCUAUCUUAUAGUAUGGGAUUAAAACAGUCAGCUGAUUUUUAAAAAGUUAACUCCCUUAGGUGUUCUGUACCCCCUUAAGUUAACAAGAAUACCUCUCAGAGUUUUGUUGAAUGUUUAUAAGAUGACCUGUGAUAUGUUUUAGAGGUGUGUACAUUUUGAUCAUUUUAGUUGUAUAAACAUUUAUUCUUGCAUGAUGAAAGGUUAAAUAUAUAUUAUUUACAAAUGUCAAAUCAAACCUAUUUAUGCAUGAGAAAUAUUGAAUUACAUGUGUAUAUAUGUUGCUUUAUUUGUAUAAUCAUUGAUUUUCUUGAAUACGGUGUAUUUCUUGUAGGAGUUUUAAAAACAGAAAUACAUUUUCCGUUUGUAUUUCAUAUUCAACUGAUGCCCAUUUUUUUUUUAAUUUUAACUUGCAGUUUGAAACAGAUUUUGUUAUGAAAGUCUCGAGCUUAUUUCUUGUUUUUAUUUUUCUUUGUUUCAAUUUGUAUGCAAAAGGGCAUAAUGUUUUCCAGUCUUUCAUCAAUCCAUUUGUUUGUUCUUUUGUCCAUCCUGAAUCUGAUUAAAGUAUUUGUGUAAGGAAGGUUUAAGUUUUGUUUUAAGAAAGUUUGUGGUCAUAUAAAAUUCAAACUUCCUGCACAUGUUCAUUAUGAAGUAAACUUUUAAAAAUAUAUGGCCAAUUAGGGUUUUUACCUAGAUUUUCAUACCAGGCUUAUAAUUUUGUACACCAGACACAUGUUUUGUCUUCAAAAGACUCAUCAGUGACGCUUGAAUCAAAAAAGUUAAAAAGACCAAAUAAAAUAUGAAGUUGAAGAGCAUUGAGGCCUUAAAAUUUCAAAAAGUUUGCCAAAUACAGCUAAAGUGAUCUAUUCUUGGGGUAGGGAAAGAGGGGUAUGGACUCAGAUUUAUUUUUUUAAAGAAAUUCUCGAAAUGAGUUUAAUAUACCACUCUUAAAGAAUUUAAUGUUUGUAAAUUUUCAAGUUAACAAAUACAUUCACAUGCAAAGGACUAAUUAUACAAACAACGAAGUAUUAUUAUUGUAAAUUCAGAAAUUAUUGCAUGCAUUUAUUAUUGCCAUUUAUGAAGAAUGGACAAUAAUGUGAGAUUAAUUAUUGGGAUUUAAGGAAAUUCUGCAUACAGAAGCAUAUAUCAGAUAUCAGAAUGCGUGUUCUAAUUAUUGCGAUACUAACCCAGUCGCACUAUUCGCAUUAAUAAAAACAUUGCAAUAAUUUCUGAAUUUACAGUAUUUAAAGAAUUAGAAAUUAAGCUUACAAUUGAAAAUAUUUCUGAACAGAUUAGAACAAAACCACAUUUUUGUCUACUAAUUUCAUGUUGCUGUAAAUUCAUUUGGUGGGAAAUAUUUUUUGGGGAAUUUAGCGUAAAUAGUUAUGAAAAGAAUUGCAAAAAAGAUUUUUUUUUAAUAUUGCUUUCUUUUCUUUUCUUUUCUUUUUUGUAAUGUUAUAUUCAUUUAAAAGGACUAAUAAGUAACAGUCAGCUAAAUGCCCUCGUUUUCUUCCAGUGAGUCAAUUAAAUAUGGCUGCCAAUAACAGUUACUCAUCUUCUAAUCAAAGUUGGUAACAUUUGUUUUUACAGCACUAAAGAUGCAAACAAUUCAAAUGUUUAAAAAGAAUUUUAAUUUUCAAUAUUUUUGUGCAAUCUUUAUUCCUUGAAUAAUUAACAUACUGAAUGGCAUUUGAGAUUCAUUGACUAAAUAUGAUUUUAAGACAUCAAGCAUUUUGAUUUUUUUUAUGAAAAUAAUGUUAUAGUAUUUAUAGACCUAAUUGAAUUUUUGGGGGCAUUGUUGUUGGAAGAGCAUUUUUCUGUUUUGUUUAAUUGAUUAAAAGAUAUGAUUAUUAAAAUCAUAUCUUUCAAUCUAUGCCACAAUUUUGACCUUCUUAAGUCAGAUUUGAAUUUCUACAGUUCCUACAUUUGAUUUCAAUGAUCUAAUUUUUUUUGUUGUGUAAAAUUAAAUCAACCUUGAGGAACAAAUAGAAAUACACCAUUACUGCAAAACUUGAAUAAUUAAAACCAUUUGAAGAUUUUGUUAUGAUUUAUUUCCACAUUUUGACAGAUGUGCAAUGAUGAAACUAUGACAACCAUUGUUUUAGAUAUAAUUUUCACAAUUGUUUGUUUGAAAAAGAACUUUAUUUUGAAAUACAUGCUUUUUGACAAAAUAAAUAUUUCAUCAGUUUA